UGACGUAAUGUGUCCGUGACGUAAUGCGCUCGCCAUGCGGCCCUCGAGCCCUCCUGUUUCCCAUGAUGCUCUGCGAGGCCCAGCAGUAAGAUGGCGGCGGCGGUGGAGCUGGAGAGGGAGGCUCUGCGCGCGGAGGAGUUAAAGCCGCAGGGCCAUUACAACCACGGCUACAGUGAGAGCGUUAGCCGCAAAAGCCAUGUAGACGACUACAGCACCUGGGACAUCGUCAAAGCCACGCAGUAUGGAAUAUUUGAGCGGUGUCGAGAGCUGGUGGAGGCAGGGUAUGAUGUCCGUCAGCCAGAUAAAGAAAACGUCACACUGCUGCAUUGGGCCGCCAUCAACAACCGCGUCGACCUGGUCAAAUAUUAUAUUUCAAAGGGUGCUGUCGUGGACCAACUCGGAGGAGACCUCAACUCAACACCUCUGCACUGGGCUACAAGGCAGGGCCACCUCUCCAUGGUGGUUCAGCUGAUGAAGUAUGGAGCCGAUCCAUCUCUGAUUGAUGGAGAAGGCUGCAGCUGUGUGCAUCUCGCUGCUCAGUUCGGACACACUUCCAUCGUAGCUUACCUCAUUGCUAAAGGACAGGAUGUUGAUAUGAUGGAUCAGAAUGGCAUGACUCCUCUUAUGUGGGCAGCCUAUCGGACACACAGUGUGGACCCGACUCGGUUGUUGUUGACGUUUAAUGUGUCAGUGAAUUUGGGUGAUAAAUACCAUAAGAACACUGCGCUGCACUGGGCCGUUUUGGCGGGAAACACAACAGUGAUCAGUCUGCUUCUGGAGUCCAACGCUAACGUAGAUGCUCAGAAUAUAAAGGGGGAAACUCCGCUGGAUCUGGCCAAACAGAGGAAAAAUGUGUGGAUGAUUAAUCACCUGCAGGAGGCACGACAGGCUAAAGGCUACGACAGCCCGUCUUACCUAAAAAGGCUCAAAAUGGAUAAGGAAUUCCGUCAGAAGGUGAUGUUGGGGACCCCAUUUGUGGUCAUCUGGCUAGUGGGCUUCAUUGCUGACCUGGACAUCGACUCAUGGCUCAUUAAGGGGCUGAUGUAUGCUGGAGUGUGGCUCACAGUGCAGUUUCUUUCCAAGUCUUUCUUUGACCACUCCAUGCACAGUGCCCUGCCUCUUGGUAUUUACCUGGCCACUAAGUUCUGGAUGUAUAUCACCUGGUUCUACUGGUUUUGGAAUGAUCUGCCAUUUGUCACCAUCCACCUGCCCUUCCUGCUCAACAGCCUGGCUCUCUUCUACAACUUCGGGAAAUCAUGGAAGUCUGACCCUGGCAUCAUCAAAGCAUCCGAGGAGCAGAAGAAAAAGACUAUAGUAGAGUUGGCAGAAACAGGCAGUCUGGAUCUGAGUAUAUUCUGCAGCACCUGUUUAAUACGGAAACCCAUCAGGUCCAAACACUGUGCAGUGUGUAACAGGUGCAUCGCCAAGUUCGAUCACCAUUGCCCAUGGGUAGGCAACUGUGUAGGUAGUGGAAAUCAUCGGUAUUUUAUUGGUUAUUUAUUCUUCCUGCUAUGUAUGAUCUGCUGGAUGAUGUACGGCUGCAUUUGCUAUUGGCGUCUGCACUGUUCGAGCAGCUACAGCAGAGAUGGAUUGUGGGUAUACAUCACUCAGAUUGCCACCUGCUCGCCCUGGAUGUUCUGGAUGUUUCUCAACAGUGUCUUCCACUUCUUGUGGGUGGCGGUGCUCAUCAUGUGCCAGCUCUACCAGAUUGCUGGUCUGGGCAUCACCACUAAUGAGCGGAUGAAUGCAAGACGCUAUAAACACUUCAAGGUCACAGCAACGUCCAUUGAGAGUCCGUUCAAUCAUGGCUGUAUGCGGAACCUGAUAGAUUUCUUCGAGCUGCGGUGUUGUGGUCUUCUGCGGCCGGUGAUCGUAGACUGGACGGUCCAGUUUUCCAUAGAAUAUGACCAGACAUCUGGUUCCGGAUACCAGCUGGUUUAACGUCGCCACAGAGCAAGCGAGAGAGAGAGAGAGAGGGGAGAGAGGAUGAGCGUUCAGCACCACAGUGUGUCUGUGUGUGUCUGUGUGUGUCAGUGUGUGUCUGAUGUGUGUUUGGGGGGAGGGGGGCAUUAUUGGGCCAUCAUCUUCAGCCAGAGAGACUGCAGUCCACACUCGUCAUUAGCAUUAGCAUGAUGCUAACACAGACUGCCACCAAACACUUGCACUCUCGGCCCAUCGCCCUCUUUCCAGCUGCUGCAGCUCUAGCUUACAUACACAGGCACACAAAUCCCCACGCGCACACACACACACACACUGCAGGUCUGUUAUUUUCUUUGUAAACAUUUCAUUUAAUUUCACUUCGUUUAGUUUAGGUUAAGUUUGUCCUCCUGUGGAAGAAUUUCGCUUCUUGUGUUAAUUUUUUUUUAAUCUCUGAUCAGCUUACUCAGAUUAAGCUGGAGGUCAGAGUGUGUGUGUGUGUAUGUGUAUAUGUGUAUGUGUAUAUGUGUGUGUGUGUUUGCUGCAGACACGGGUGUUUAAUUGAACACAAAAUGGAACAGAAUGAGAGUCUGAAUGAAAUGAGUUUCUCUCCAGUUUAAAAUGUGAUUCUAUUUAUUUUAACAUUAUUUAAUAUUUUCUAAAAUGAUCUUUUUAAUACCAUGUGGUCCUUUUACAUUUGUUUUUGUUUGAAAAGUCUGUGUUUAUAUGGGUGUGGGUGAGUUACCAGUGGUGUGUAUGUAUGUGCGCGCACCCCUCUGGAUUUUUACUAAACAGAUAAAAUUUCACCCAGAAAAGGAACUGAAGGACUGAUUGACAAAACGGUUUCACUCAUGCACUGGCCUACAGGAGAGGUUCCAAACACAGUUUUUCAUUUUCACUCCAUUAAACUUGUUUUUAAUGACUUGAGCGCGUUUUUGUUUUUAGGAGUGUUUUUGAUCCGUCAGCUGAUGACGCUGUUACUGAAGCCUCUGUAGAUUGAGACCCUUUAUUCCGAGAGACGUUUUAGUUGUUUAGUAUUUAUGUUGUUGACUUUGGGUAAAGCCCCCCUCUCCACCCCUCUCCUGCCGGAUGCUCCGCAGUGUGAGCUGGACGAACUGAUGUAAAGAAUGUGUAUCUGUACAUAAACCUCUGUUUCUGUGAGUGAUAUAUACUUUUGUUUUUUUUUGUCAGUGUUAGUUGAAGCUGCUCCUGAAUGGUUUUUUUUUUUUUUUUUUUUUUGUUUGUUACCAAAAAGAGAAGAGUAUAACCGCAGUGUAUCUGACUGUAGCUGUUAGUGGUGUGUGCCACAGCUGUUUAUAAGCAUUUUAACCUGUGCAUCUCCAGUGCAUGAGCAAAGCUUGGGGCCGUUGCUAUAGUAACCAUGCCCUCACCCGCCUUCCUGCCAGCAGCCUGGCUGGCUGGGUGUCUGUAAAUAGUGAAUGUUCAGUAUUUGCGAGUAUGUUUUUAUUUUUUUAAUUUCUUUUUUUUAUAUAUAUUUUAAACCCAGUUUGUGUAUCUUUAGUGUUCGUCUGAUCUACAGAGCUUCAUUCCGUCCGCUCUGUGGAAAUGUGAUAUAUUUGAAUGUUUCAUUAAUAUUAAUAACAGGAGAGGUUUUUUGGUUGUUUUGCUGGAUCUGUUCAUCACUGGAUCUAAAGGUGUAGACAAUUCUCUAUUGAAGGUUUUAGAGACGGUAGUGAUGCGGAAUCAUGACGAUGUCUAAAAACAAAGAACGCCUGAUCAUGAAUGCUGGGUGGAUCUCAGUCAUCCAGAGAGAAGCUGCACUAACGUGAAACGGAGUGAUUAAAGAAACUCAAACUCAUCACAAAUGAAAUCUUUCCUUUUGUCUCCUCUGCCUUUUCUCCAGCGUGUGUUUAAGCACAUCUUCAUCUGCAGUGCCUCAGUCAGGAUUCACCCCAAAUGCUUCAAAAACUUCCUGGGCAUGGUUUCAUUUUACUGGCUUUAAUACAAAAAUAAAACUUAAAUCUACCA